AUCAACAGCAUUUACGUGGCUCGGAUGCUUGUUCCUUUUGGGACUUUCCACAGUGGCUGCUGAGAGACAGGUGUUUUUAAAUCAGAAUCAUGAAAUUCUGCACAGCAUGCUGAGCUCAAUUAACGAUACAGCAGACCCAUGUCUGGAUUUUAAAGGAUAUUUAAAUGCCAAAGACGAUUACAUGUACGCACAACUAUCUAAGGAAAACAAUGCGAGGGAGAAGACUAAUCGCAAGUUCCAUUCGAUGUUUGAAAGACUGAAAAAUGGAACCUACGAAGCGGGCAGUGUCGAGGAAAUGGUUUUCAAGCUGUAUAACACCUGCCAAACCCCCGGACGCCAAAGAUCUGAUUAUGUGAAGUACGUGCAGCCGGACAUUAAUCUUCCCUGGCCUCUAAAUACUCCAGAUGGCCUUCCGUGGCCAAAGGAACGUUUCCAAUGGCUGGUGACUCUCGCCCGAUUGCAACGCUAUGGCAUGAAAGACGUGUUACUAAAUCUAAAGAUCAAAGUGGAUCGCGAGAAUCAUACUGAGCCCUUGGUAGUGAUCAAACAAUCCGAAACGAGACAUAAAGAUUUGUUCAGAGACUACAGAAUUGACAGUGAGUUCAACGAGAACGAUUUAAUAGAAAAAGGAUUCAAGAGGAGUCAAGCUAAGUCCAUGUCUGAAAACUUAAACAAUCUUCUACUAGCUUUAGAAAGUCUAGAUGAGAAAAGAACCAAAUCAUUUCAGGGAAAGCGUUUGACCCUUCAGCAGCUAGAAAGUGAUUAUGGAAUUUCCCUAAGAAAAUAUCUCGAGACUGUUUUUGAACGCCGGUUCGCGCCGAGUUUCCACUUACUGAUCGAUGAUGUGAACUAUUUGGUGGAACUUAAUCAACUUUUGAGCACAUACAACCAGGAGAUUGUUGCCUGCUACCUAAUGGUACGCUUUCAAGAUUAUAUGAGCUCGUUGACCCAUUACAAUGAUGAUUGCGGUGACAUUGUACAAUCGAAUAUGUUGUUUGCAAGCGAUCUGCUCUUCGAAGAACAUGUUCUGGGUGAGAAAAAAUUCAAGGAGUAUCAGGACCAGAUCCCUCAAAUAUUUAAAGCUAUAAUCAAGUCGUUUAAACGAAGGUUGGAAAGGAAUCGCCUGAACUUACCACUCUCGCAGAUAUCUGCUUUUAUAAAGUUUCUGGACGGAUUGACCAUAAAUGUAGGGAGCAUGCCAAGUGAUAAAGAUCACCGAAGCUUUGUGAUGGAUUACUAUGCAGAUCUUGAUUUGGAUGACGAUGACAAUUUGGAUACCAUGAGGCUUAAGUUAUCCAUGUUACGCACUCGUCGGAUGCUGGAGAAAUUGGAUCAACCGGUGAGCUCAUCUCCGUCUACACUCGACAUCUUCAAUGGCGUGGACUUUAACACAAUCAACAUUCCCUAUAUACUUUUGUCCGAACCUUUGUUUAUGACCCGUGGUCACGAGGUCUUUAAGUUCGGUUCAAUUGGCACAUUACUCGCUGAAAAAGUACUUGGAGCCUUUCAUAACUGGGACGUCGACUUCAAUUGCGAGGAUCUUAUCAAUUUGGGAAAGUCUUUAGAUGACCACGAUAUAUAUACUAACAAAACAUUUCGCUGCUCUGAGAACUUUUACUAUACAAUUGGUGGCAUACUCGGAGUGAAACUAAACUUAAUGAGUUUGGUUCACGAUGCCUACUUCUCUACAGAAUCCGGAUAUGAUCACCUGCAGCAUAUUUUCACUGAUGUGCCCUUGAAACAGCUUUUCUUCAUACAAUUUGCCCAGAGGCAUCUACCUCUUUUUAUAUAUUACUUUAGUACCAAAACCGAAAAAUUAUUUUUAACAAUGCCCGCUUUCAUUGAAGCUUUUAAUUGCUCGAAUUCUCCUAUGAUACACCAGAGAUAAAAACCAAUUCUUGUAAUCUUUUUGUGGUCAAAUGUCGCCUUUAAACCGGAAUUUUUUUAAUCGAUAAGUUCCCAAAUCUGUGUUUAUAAGAAACAUGUUGUCUUUGUAAUAAAAAGUUUUUUUCUUCCAACUUGAGAUAAAACCUCGAUUGUGUUCAGAUUAAUAUUUGAAACCCUAAUAUCCAUAGAAUCAAAUAAAUAAAUUUGCAUUUAAAACCACUGCUACU